AUGUCCUAUGAUGUGCGAGCCUUUGAAACUCACCUCGAUUCAUUGGACAGACUGACGACAGUGGCGCUGGGUGGCGUGCAAGAGGAAAGCAGGGGUGCCUCCAGCCUUGUCCGAAAAGACCCAUACCAAGUCGACAUGGACUGUGGCGUAUCAGCACGUGACUGUGGCUGGUGUGUGGCUGACUUUUCACCUGCGCAGCCUCGCCUGCAUCUUCGAAAGGCAAGAUUCACACCGGUCGGUGACUAUGUCAACGCCUCGGAAACCGAAACAACAGAUCCAAAGAACUAUGACCAAAUUAUCCAUCUCCCUUCUUCUAUAACCCAGAUGGCUGCUCAUCAUAUCUCUCUUGCCAAAGCCUCCUUUGGCGCUUCUCUCCUGCGGCCGGACGUGACAAAGGUCUCUCGCGACGACCUCCCCACCUUUCACAACGCCUUCGAGGCUACCCUUACCCAAUGCUCGAGUCGCAAUAUACAGACGUGUAAACAAUGGCUGUUGGAAAAUGUCGUUGUCUCGCCGGCAAGGACCAGCGCAUUAGGGAAAUAUUUGGUCACCAUCUCCCGACAUCUUGCAAACCAGCCAGAUGAAGCGAUCCGCGCAAGAGUCUCGCGCCAGCGACUCCAUAUCCUUUAUCUGUUAAAUGACCUUCUUCACCACGCCAAAUAUCACGAAGCCGACGUCGCUCUUCGCAACAACCUGGCACACUCUCUCCAAUCAUUCCUGCCCGACCUAUUCCAAAUCUGUGCAUCAGAGGCAAAAGGUCGCGUGCGCAGGCGGCUAUUCGAUUUGAUUGACCUGUGGAAAGAGGAGGGGUACUUUGACAGACAAGUUACCGAUCAACUGCACGAUGUCCUCAACGGCGUCACCCCGGAGUCCAACCCGACCUUUGAAGCAGAGGUUCAGCGCAAGAGUGCAGACAAAGAACUCCCGUACCUUAUCCCCUCGACACACGGCGACCCUUCGUUACCCUUCUACGAUCUGCCAGCCGGCAAUCUGAUGCGCCACAUUAUCCCGAACAGCUCGCAGCCGAUGCGCCCUGAUGAGGUCCGGGCACUCCAGUUCUCUGCAGGCCCCGCAGAUGAGAGCUUGGUCUCUGCGCUCAAAGACUUUUUGAACGAUGUCAAAGGCAUUGAAACCACCCUCCCAAGGCUUGAACAGUCUGGCCUAUCCCCAGAGAUUGAUGAGUUGGGUCAGAUCUCAUACCAUGAUGAAGCGGGAGAUGUGGUCGGCGACACUUACUAUGGAUGGUCUCGUUCGUUUUGUGACAAGAUGAAGAAGCGUGGCAGGAAGGGCUCGGCUGGAUCGUCUCGACGUUCAAGAUCACGAAGCUCGGAUCGCAGUCGAAGCGCGACACCUCAGAAGCGCAGACGUCGGAGUAUUUCGACCAAUGGACGCUCCAGAUCCUCAAGGUCGUACAGCCGCUCACCUCCCGCGCGCAGGUCCGACAAACCGAGAAGACAAUGGAGUCGAAGUCGCAGCCGUUCACGCUCCAGAAGCGACCCAUAUUCUCCUAGCGACCAUCAUCCACGAUACGAGCAACCUCCAAGAUUCGAUCCAUCACCAGGACACAGCAAUACAAAUAUCGUACCUGGUCCUCCACCUCCACCAUCUCUAGCAAUGCCAUUUCCGCCUAUGCCCCUACCUCCUACGGGUAUACCGGUACCUCCUCCCAGACCACCGCAAUGGGUGGGCGCAUGGCCUCCUCCUCCGCCUCCUCCAUUUCCCCAAGGCAAUGUAGGAUAUCGAAAUGCUCCCUUCCCCCCUCAUCUUCCCCCACCACCAACGUUUGCCCCUCCGCCCAGCAGCUGGACGCAAUAUCCCAGGACGCCAUCUGGACAGAACAAUCAGUACGGAGACAGGCGCUGA